CUCGCCAACGUCGCUGCAAAUACUCUUCCUUUGCUACUUACCUCUGCAGCAGCUGCGUCUUGCGGAUCUGGUGAUGUCACGCACACGUACCAUUUGAGCUUUGCAACCCCUUCCAAUUGGCUGCUGUUCUUCGAGUGCACCUCACCGCCACACCCAAAGCAACCGACACUCUUCUUUGCUAGCGCUUGAGCUCGACAUCUCCUUCUGAUCCGACCUGUGUUUUUCCGAAAUUCCCGGCCAUGGCUGACACGCCGCAGACGACUGCGGGCGCCAACCCGCAGGAGGCAUCGGUGCUCGAGCGCCAUCUGGAUCCCAGCUACGACUUUUCAGAAUUUGACCCAGCACCACCAGCCUCAGACGAUGGCCAAGGAAGCUCGUCCAACUCCAUCGACCGUCAGAUGCCAGAGUCGUCGUUGCGCCUGCAGGGCGGCGACAUCCACCGUGACUUGUACAAAAUUGCCGCUCAGAACAGGCGCCAGAAGCUGCAUCAGCGAGCAGCCACCUUUUCAGAACCCGUUUACUAUGGCGACCAACGCCGGCCUUCCAACUCGACCGUUGACCACGAUGAGCUCCCCGUCCGGGACCAGCUCCUGCCAGGCGGACUAAGACGACAGUACCUGCAGCGGCAGAGCAAGCGCGUCAGCUACAUCUCUGAGCCUGUCACGCGCAACUUCAUCUCAUUCCUGGCUCUCUACGGCCAAUUUGCUGGUGAAGACCUCGAAGAAACGGACGAUGAGUCGGCCGUGACAGACGAGGAGGAGCAGGGCGAACGCAGACCGCUGCUGGGACGUCGUCAGAGCACCAAGAAGCUGAGACCCCAGGGAGACGCUAACCAAGUCAAGACCUUCUUCACGCUCCUCAAGGCCUUUAUCGGUACCGGAAUCAUGUUUCUGCCCAAGGCGUUCAAGAACGGUGGCAUGCUCUUCUCGUCCAUCACCAUGAUCGUCGUCUCGGCCGUCACAGCACUCUGCUUCGAGCUGCUGUUGGCAACGAGGUCGCGUUAUGGUGGCGGAGGCUACGGCGAUCUCGGCCAAAUUGUCGUCGGCCCUCGGUUCCGCUCCCUCAUCCUGGUCUCCAUCACCCUCUCGCAAAUCGGCUUUGUCUGUGCUGGCCUCAUCUUCACAGCAGACAACCUGGCGUGGUUCCUUGAUGCCGUCACUCACGCAAAGGCACCACUCUCGACAAACCAGCUGAUUGGAAUCCAGGUUGCCGUCUUGAUUCCCAUGUCUUUCAUUCGGAACAUUUCCAAGCUCGGGCCUGCGGCUCUGCUUGCUGACAUCUUCAUUCUCAUUGGAUUGACGUACAUUUACUGGUAUGACAUCUCGUGGAUCUCCAGGAUGCACGGUUUCCACCCCUCGAUCGAGCUCUUCAAUCCACGCGAUUUCACCCUGACCAUUGGCUCGGCCAUCUUUACCUUUGAGGGCAUCGGUCUUAUUCUUCCCAUCCAAUCGAGUAUGAAGGAGCCGGAGCACUUUAGCAAGCUGCUUUAUCUCGUCAUGGUUAUCAUCACCGUCAUCUUCACAUCUGUUGGUGUGCUCUGCUACGGCACCUUUGGCCAGAACGUCUCUGUCGAAGUCAUUACCAACUUUCCACAGAGCAGCAAGCUCGUCAAUGCCGUCCAGUUCCUCUACUCCAUGGCUGUUCUCGUUGGCACCCCUGUCCAACUCUUCCCCGCCAUGCGUAACAUUGAACUCAAGAUUUUCAAGCGCGCAUCCGGCAAGCAGAGUAACUCGACCAAAUGGAAGAAGAACGCAUUCAGGACUGUCCUGGUCAUUUUCUGCGGGCUCAUUUCCAUCCUCGGAGCUAGCGAUCUCGACAAGUUUGUUGCGCUCAUUGGAAGCUUUGCCUGUGUGCCCUUGGUGUACAUCUACCCAGCCUACCUGCACUACAAGGGUGUGGCGAGCCGGCCUUGGGAGAAGGUAGGCGACAUUACCAUGAUGGUGGUUGGACUCGUCGCCAUGGUCUACACUACCAUUAUUACCAUUGCAAGGUGGUCUGAGACUUAGGUGUUGAUGAGGAAAAAAAACCGCGAAAAGGCUUAUCGUUGCUUAGUUUGUUCAUUUCAGGCAUGGCGUUUUGUUUCUGUUGGAAGGCGGCGAAUGGUGCAUUUGAUAUGUGAUGUUUCAAGCGUGCAUGUGAUGGUCAUAAAAUACAGGAGUUUCAUGUAGAUGCGGAUGAUGGUACGUCCUCAUACGC